AUGGACCGGUCGAUAACUGGCAUGCAGAUAGACAUAUUUGGACCCAAGGGACCUGUCCACUUCCUUGGGCAGAGCAUUCCAUAUCUUCGCAACCCUCUGAGUGAAGAAAUCCUUGCUGACCUCAGUUAUAACUGCCUUGGUUCUGAUUUUAAGGGUGAUUCCGGAGUUGUUGGCAAGGACGGAUUGCCUGGAAAGCCUGGUGAAAAGGGAGAUCCUGGUGAGAAGGGAACAUCUGGAUCCCUGGGAGAAAAGGGCGACAGAGGAGAUCCCGGUGAUACAGGGCAACAUGGGAUAAAAGGAGCGAAGGGCGAAACUGGCGAGUCUCAAGAAGGCCCAAGUGGUGAGAAAGGGGAUAAAGGCACAAAGGGUGAAGCCGGAUCGAUGGGCCCACCUGGUCCACCAGGAAUGGGAGUCCCUUCGGAAUAUGCCCUGAACCAAUUUGCUAGACUUGGUGAGAAAGGAGCAAAGGGAGACAUGGGAGCCACAGGACUGAAAGGAAGUAAAGGGAGCAUUGGAUCCCAGGGUUUAAAGGGUGACAUGGGGGAGCCUGGACCACCAGGACUCACUGGAAAACCAGGACUAGAGGGUCGGCCAGGAUUACCAGGUCCUAUGGGUCCCAAAGGACUAAAAGGAGAAAUCGGAUUACCAGGAGAACCGGGAAUGCCGGGAAUACAAGGCAGAAAGGGCGACAAGGGGGAUUCCGGUGGAGCAGUCGGACCUCGCGGGGAAAAGGGAGACAAAGGAAACCCGGGAACUCCAGGAACAUCCUCCCUUGGGAAGCAGGGUCAAAUUGGACCUCCUGGUUCCAGAGGAUCGCGAGGCCCCAAGGGUGAGCGUGGGCAUCCUGGUCUUCAAGGUUUGCGGGGAGAGAAGGGGCCACCGGGAUCCGGACGACAGGGGCCUCCAGGUCCUCGUGGGCAGCCAGGCAAUCUGGGUCUAAGAGGCUUGCCGGGACCGGAGGGAAUCCCAGGUACUAAAGGCAUCGCUGGAAGGGAUGGCCAACAAGGAACACGAGGCCCACCUGGGGAGCCAGCUGCACUUCCUCUCAUGGGAGAUAUUGGUGCCUUCUUAAAGAAUGCCUGCAGCAGCUGUUUCUCUGGGCCCCGAGGAGGAGCAUCAGGAUUACCUGGAAUGAAGGGAGACCGAGGUGUCCCAGGGAUUCCCGGCACUGAAGGGAGUGAUGGUGGUCAGGGCAGCCCAGGGCCAAGGGGACCACCUGGAAUUCCUGGCUUAGAUGGGAAAACGGGAAGCAAAGGUGAACGUGGAUUUCCUGGGCCUACUGGAGAGAAAGGCGAUGAGGGACCUCCAGGAGUUCCGGGAUUUCCUGGACCCACUGGUGCGACAGGACCUCUCGGUCCUAUUGGAAGACCGGGUCAACCAGGCUCUUCGGGUCAUAAGGGAGAAAAGGGCAAGGAAGGGGCACAUGGACAACCAGGGCCUCCAGGACCUCCAGGACCUGCUAUUACCACUGGCCAUGAAGCAAAUGGAAUGGGCAGCAUGUACAAGAAACAGGUAUUCCCCGGUCCGCCAGGUCCACCGGGCUUAAAAGGAGACCCAGGGAAUAUGGGAGAGAUCGGUCCAAUGGGAUUGCCAGGUUUAGAAGGUCUUCCAGGAGAAAAGGGGGAUUCAGGAAUGCCCGGCCCAUCUGGGCUUCAAGGACUUCCUGGGACACCAGGGAGGAACGGGCCACCAGGCCUGAAGGGAUCAAAGGGCCUGACCGGGGAGCCGGGAUUAAAAGGUGAGCGAGGACCACUGGGAGAAACAGGCUUCCCUGGGCCUGAAGGACCUGCUGGAACUCCCGGGAAGCCUGGACGACAUGGAUUACCAGGAGUGGAGGGCUCACCAGGCAAAUCAGGAGACCGAGGUUCCAAGGGAGAACGGGGCGAUCCAGGAAUCCUGGGAGACCGAGGCCCGCAGGGAGAAAGGGGAAAGGCGGGUAACCCAGGACUUCCGGGAUUUAAAGGAAUUGUAGGAUCCCAUGGCCCAAGCGGACCCCCAGGAGAGAAAGGUCACCCAGGAACUCCAGGUCACACUGGGACAGAUGGUCGGCCCGGCGUACCGGUUUCCGAGGUCAAAAAGGGGAGCGAGGUGAACCUGGCAUCGGACUGCCAGGUGGUCAUGGUCCACGUGGGCUUCCAGGUUUGCCAGGAUCAGGGUCUCCGGGACCUCCAGGACAGCCAGGCUCACCAGGCCCCGUGGGGCCGAAAGGAAGGUGUAACCCUGGGGACUGUUACUACCCCGCCGGCUUUUCCCGAUCACACAUACAAGGAUAGGGAGGGUGACUGUGGCGGGGAAUCCGUCUGUUCCACAUUAGGGUCCCGGUAG